CUCGCCGCCGCCGGUGCCCUUCACUCGUCUUCCUCGUGAUUUCCCCGCUGCCGGUCUCUUCCAACUGGGAAUGCUAAAACGGGACUGAUGGACGUGUCCGAACUCUGCAUCCCGGACCCCCUCGGCUACCACAACCAGCUGCUGAACCGAAUGUCCUCCGAAGAUCGGCACCUGGGCUCCAGCUGCGGCUCCUUCAUUAAGACGGAGCCAUCCAGCCCAUCCUCGGGCAUUGAUGCCCUCAGCCACCACAGCCCCAGCGGCUCCUCGGACGCCAGCGGUGGCUUUGGCAUGGCCCUAGGCACCCACGCCAACGGUCUGGACUCGCCGCCUAUGUUCGCAGGUGCGGGGCUGGGAGGCACCCCGUGCCGCAAGAGCUACGAGGACUGUGCUAGUGGUAUCGUAGACGACAUCAAGUGCGAGUACGUGCUCAACGCCAUCCCCAAGCGGCUGUGCCUCGUGUGCGGGGACAUUGCGUCUGGCUACCACUAUGGCGUGGCCUCCUGCGAAGCCUGCAAGGCAUUCUUCAAGAGAACCAUCCAAGGCAACAUCGAAUACAGCUGUCCGGCCACCAACGAGUGUGAGAUCACCAAACGAAGACGGAAGUCCUGCCAGGCCUGCCGCUUCAUGAAAUGCCUCAAAGUGGGGAUGCAGAAGGAAGGUGUGCGUCUUGACCGAGUGCGUGGAGGGCGCCAGAAGUACAAGCGACGGCUGGACUCGGAGAACGGCCCCUACUUGAGCUUACAGAUUUCCCCACCUGCUAAAAAGCCAAUGACUAAGAUCGUCUCAUAUCUACUGGUGGCCGAACCGGACAAGCUGUAUGCUAUGCCUCCCCCUGGUAUGCCUGAGGGAGAUAUCAAGGCCCUGACCACUCUCUGUGACUUGGCAGAUCGAGAGCUCGUAGUCAUCAUUGGCUGGGCCAAACACAUCCCAGGCUUCUCGAAUCUGUCACUCGGGGACCAGAUGAGCCUGCUGCAGAGUGCCUGGAUGGAGAUCCUCAUCCUGGGCAUCGUGUACCGCUCGCUGCCCUAUGAUGAUAAGCUGGUGUACGCGGAGGACUAUAUCAUGGACGAGGAGCACUCUCGACUGGCGGGGCUGCUGGAGCUUUACAGAGCCAUCCUGCAGCUGGUGCGCAGGUACAAGAAGCUCAGGGUAGAGAAGGAGGAGUUUGUGACGCUCAAGGCCCUGGCUCUAGCCAACUCAGAUUCCAUGUACAUUGAGGACCUACAGGCUGUUCAGAAGCUGCAGGACCUGCUGCAUGAGGCGCUGCAGGACUGCGGAGUGAGCCAGUGCCAUGUGGAGCCAUGGAUGACCGGCAAGAUGCUGCUGAUGUGGCCCCUGCGGCAGAAAGCAGUCAUAGCCAUGCAGCAUUUCUACAGUGUGAAACUGCAGGACAAGGUGCCCAUGCACAGACUCUUCUUGGAGAUGCUGGAGGCCAAGGUGUGAUGGCCCAGCACAUGGAUGGAUGGACACGUUCCAUGGUGGAGACCUCCACAGCCACCAGC